AAUAUGUGAAAUAUUAAGUUUUAUCACACAUAAAAACCAACAUACGAUGUUCUAUGUUAAUAAUUACAUUAAGACUGAAAAUAAAUGAAAUGUUAAAAUUAUUAUUUUGUUCUUUGUCGGCACAUAACAGUUGAAGGCCGAAUAAACAGUUGAAGCGAAAAAAACAUCGUAAGAGUACUCGCUCCUUGUUUACAUUGUUGCCUGGAAACUUAAAUCCUUGUUAGCAUUUUAGAACUGUGUUGUUAUUUAGUGGAUGUUCACAAGCAUUUACUGAAAUAUAUAUUGUGUAAUAUUUAAUGACAGUGGCCGAGCUAUGUUCAGUGCCGUAAUAUAAAGAUAAGCUUAUCGGUCGUGCCUCCCGCGCUUUAACGUUCACGUGGUAAGUUGCAUGCUUCGCGGAGGAAGUGCUUGUGAAGCUGGUAUCGCGAUGUCCGGCGGCAAGGCGUACGGCCUGGUGGUGCCGAAGAAAGGGGCGCUGCAGCCGCGCCACUCGGUGUUCGGGGACGACAGCUCGGACGAGGCGGGGGCCCGGGACGGGGCGGAGCGCCGCGCCCCCGUGCGCAAGGCCAAGCUGGACCCCGAGCUGGACGGCGAGCUGUUGAGCUACGACGACUACCACGACACGCUGGAGCGCGAGCGGGCCGAGCGCGCCCAGGCGCGGCGCGAGGGGGCGCAGGCCCGCUACAUCCCGCUGCUGCUGCAGCAGGCGGAGCGGCGCCGGAAGGAGGCGGAGCGCCGCACCGAGCGCCUGGUGCAGAAGGAGCGCGAGGCGGAGGGCGAGCAGUUCCGCGACAAGGAGACCUUCGUGACCGCCUCGUACCGCCGCAAGGUGGAGGAGUUCGCCACGAUGGAUGCCGACGAGCGGCGGCGGGACCGGCUGGAGGAGCUGGGGGACGUGACCAAGCAGCGGGACUUGGGUGCCUUCUACGGAGCCCUCUACAAGCAGACUGUGGGGGUGGGGGACGCCGCCCCCUCGGAGCCCGAGCCGGGUGACCAGGAUCCCGCGGCCGCGGCCGAUUCGCUCGCCAAAAAGUCGCGGCACUACCGCAAGAGAAAGAGCUCGUCGAGCGAUGAGCACGGCAACGACGACCUCGGCGAGGGUAAAGCCGUUCCCGCACGGGCGGUGAGGGAGAGGGACGUAUCGGAGGGGAGGCGGAGAAGCAACGAACACGGCCGGUCUUCCUCUGGACGAAAGAAGCCACGUGACGCAGACGAGCAGAAGGUAGAGGAAGGCGUGGGGAACUCUCUGGACGUGAACCGCGCGUACGGAGGAGGCAAACCAAAUGCACGGGAGAAAAACGUGGAGUCGGGCUCCGAGGAGGGUGAAAUCAGGGAGGAGGGUGAGAAGAGAAUCGCAGACGGUGCUGAAGGUGUGGCUAAGGUGGAAGCGCCGGGUACUGAGAGCACGGAACUGGCGGAGGACGUUGUUGCAAAGCCGGUGGAGAAAGUCAACAUCUGGGAGAAGCACACGGUAGGGGAGGUGUUGGAGGCGGCGGUGCAGCGGUAUUGGCAGCGCAAAGCCGCCCGAGAAGCUGGGAGGGCAGCAGCCAAGUAGGGCUGCCACUGUGGCGAUCAAUCAGAGACUCGCACCUUCAGGCGUUAUUCUAUAGUUACUCCAUAGUGACGAUUUUCAUUUAAAAACUUUACCGUGUUUCCUUCCCAAGGUUAAUUGAUAGUUAAUUCUUCAUUAUGCCUACAGCAUAGUUGCUCUUUCAGCACCACGUUGAUUUUUUUAAAAAUAAAUUCAACAUCAAACUCAGGGUUGCCAAAGUUUAAACUUCUGAAUACUUUACGGAAAUGACUAGAACGGGGUGCAUGUAUCUCAUGUGGUUUGAAUUCAGAGGUAAAUAUAAUAGCUUUUAGCAUAAGAAAAUUAAUGAAAACAGUUAUUUGGAAAAUUUUGCAAUAUUAAAUUUACUUUUCUAAUUUACAUAGUAUACAGGAAAUCAAUAAGUAUGUAUCGAAAAUUGGAAAUAACAUCUUAUUUGUUAAGUAUUUUUAGAUACAGGGGCAAGAGAGACAAGUCAAUGGUACAAAUAAAUUUUGUAACACUGACUAACUUUUAAGAAAUUCCUUGCGUUAAUAAUAAUGAGUUAAGGUCAAUCCCAUUUCCAUACUAAUAACAUCUCAGGUAUUAUUUGUACAUAAUUAAAUGUUUUUCAAGAUGCGUAUUAUGUUGAAAAGUAACAGAUAGUUCCAUUUUCUUCAUUCCGCACAUAUCCUUGUAUGUUAAUUUACCUAAGGCAGUGCUGCAAUCAAAAUAAACAUUACAUUAGCAAUAAGAAAACCAGUAAGAGUAGCCAAAACCAUAAUAAAAGCAAUUUGGUACAAUUGACAUAACCAAAUUUUAAGUGUUGAUUCUGACUAUAAAAAAAUGUAUCAUUUCCCAACAAGAACUUUCACAUUUAAAUGAAUACUUUUUUUUAUUAUUAUUUACCAAACUGUUCUUAAGUGUAUUUUCUCAUAGCCUAUGUUUUAAAUUUUUGAUUUAAUAAAAAACAAGUUCUUGUAUCAAUAAAGUUUCACAAGGCAAAUAACCCAGUUCUCGGGUGCUUCAAAGUGAAUGUCACAUUUUUUAAUGACAUUUGGCUUCGAGGAAACAUUAGGAUUGGCUACACACAGAAUCGUGCAUAUGAAAGUUGAAAGUUAGCCAACUUAUAAAGCUACAUACUAUGUCUUGGCAACAGUUAUUGUUAAGCGUUAUUGUAUAACCGUGUAAAACAAAGUUUUCAUCUCUGUUAUUUCCACUGUAGCACUUCCUUAAGUUUAAUUUAAAGUGUUUUGAAAGAUGUGUACGUAUGUUCUGCUUGUCUCGUAGUUGUUGCAUUGUGAAUACAUUUAUGUGCAGUUUCUCAACCUUCAACAUUGUAAGCCAAGAGUGCAUUAAGAGGGCCUGUGUGUUUUAAGAGUAAGUACACCAGCUGACAAACAUGCAUUUAUUGUGCCAAAUGUACAUUUCAAUUUUUUUUGUAUAACAUUUAAACAUAAAACUUCUGUAUAUCAGUAAAAACACAUGGUUUGCAUAUAAUAUGUAUCACACUAAUCAUAUUUUAAAAAUCUAAGUAAAUUGUAAAAUUACAAUGGUAACAAAUUAGGUUUUUUUUCUUUUCAAUUCUUGAUAUUUAUUAACCUGCUACCAGCUGUGCAGUGAAUUAGUUGGUUAGAAAUAUCCACAUGUAAAAAAAGUGGUAAAAUGGCACAAAGGUGUGCUGAACACCACAUUAAAAAUUACAUUUUAAUAUUUAGUAAUAAUAUGGCCAAUAUUCGUAAAACCGUAUAAAUAGUUGCAAGUCAAAUAAUUGUCCUUUUUAUUUGUUAUUGAGAUAACUUUGUGAUCAAGAUGCCCGUAAGUACCAUGGCUUUUUGCGAGGCUUAUCAUUGGUCAACGUGCCAAUUGCUGUGUAAUAUUUGGGCCAAUGAAACAACUGCAAGGCUUCUGUAUCUAGGGCAUGUAUUAAUGGAAGGGACUGGAGAAACGUGCAUUUUAAAUCACCUCUAGGAUUGACCUUAGAGUCCUGUGCGUGCUGUGGCAUAUGUCUGCUGUCCGUUGGCUGCUGUCUGGAGAGCUGUCUUUCCUCGAUCAGGGUCGGCAGACCGCGGCUGUCUGCUCCACAACUCACUGCAUUGCCGCAGUGCCGCCCACCGCACUCGCCCACGGGCUCUUCGUAUUUUAAUAAUUAAUUAAUUAAAACCAUUUAGGUUUUCUGGUUUUAUCAGUACAUCUUUACUAGUGAAUACAAUUUUUAUUUUACAUAUACGUGUUUUAAGAAGCCUUUAUUUUUAAGACUUAAUGUUGAAUUUGUGAAUAAAAUAUUUUACUUUUAUCUUCUUUUUUUAUUACCUUAAAAUUCCAUAUAGAAACAGAGCUCUCAAUUGUCUACAAAAAAUUUGAAAAUCUGUUUACUUAAUAUUUAGCUCGUCUCACUCGAAAGUCUGCCCGACUCCUGUCCUAAGUGGUCGUGAUUCCUUCUCUUAUGUUUUCUGCCACCAGUUGCGUCCCUCGCGCUCGGGUGUUUCCGUGCCACCUGGUGGCAGCACUGUGCUGCUGGUGUUUAUCUUUACCGUUGGAUUUCAUUUCAGUACAGCCUACAGUGUUUACAGUUUUACAACGGGUUACAUUUCACAUCUAUAUUUCCGUAAUGAUGUUGUGGAGAAGAUUUAUGCUUAUCGUUUUUUAAAAACUAUUGUACUAUAAUACAUAUUGAUUUUUUUGUUGGUAUUUCCAUUGAAACUACAUUGACGUUCGAUAAUCCGGCAAAGUCACUAACCUGGCAUAGCAGUGGUCCAGGACUUGUCGAAUUACAGACCUUUCACUGUGUUGGGUUCCCACAACUGUCAAAACAGGGCCAAAUGUUUUUGGAAGGCACUGUAUUUUCACUGACCUUGAUAUUGUGUGAUGGUAGUUAUGAGACAACUACUUUUAUCACAUUCAUUUUUUUAAUACCUUUUAUCUUGGUUUUGUUUUUACAUUUGGUGUUAUUUUUCUCAUAGUUAAGUUAUUAGUAUAAGCACCAUUUUCUGCUGACAUCCAUGUACAUUUUGUUUUUUUAAUAAAUUUUUAUAUAAUUCAGUAUCUACAUAAUUCUUUAAAUUUGGAAUUAACAGAAAGGGUCAGUUUUUUUAAUAACAUGGAAUAUGCAGAUAUUAUGUAGUAAAUGGUUACGAAUAGUUUUUUUUGGAUAUUGCAAGGAUGUGCUAUAUCUAUAUGCUAUAUGUUGCUUGAUGUAAUUUAAUAUCUUUUUAUUAUAAGUUCAGAAAUGUUGGCCAGAUUUAUAAACUACGCAAGAUCACAAGUACGCAAGAAACGCAAAAAGAAAAGAGUUCAAUGACUGGCGUUUCAAAUACUGUUCAUAAACUAUGCAACCAUUUGCCAAAUUUCAACUUCAUGAGGUUUGACUUGUGUUUUUGCCUGUCGUUAUUAAAGUGAACAGGUCCAAAAACUUUGCAUACAAACAAACAAUGUUGUCUUUAGUAUUUACAGCACAUUUUUACUUGUUUAAACUUUCACUAAGUUAAAAGAAAAUAACACUUUUAAAUUCAAUUAUUGAUAAUUUCAUAAUUUUUCAGUAAUAAAAAUGAUAUAUCAAAAGAUGCCAGGAGAGGAAAUUUGUUUUCAAAUGUUUUGCAGCCUCAAUUUGUACGGUUGGACAUCCUGUGACUUUCGUGCUUCAUAAACGACCCGGAUUAUUCUGCGUUGGUUACGUGUUGCGAAGAUGGUGUCCCAUGCGUAGUUUAUAAACCCAGCCUAAGGGUUCAUUGUGUCAGUGAGGCCGAAAAACCCAUCUAUUGUUAUAGUAGCCACAGUGGCUGUUUUUUUUUAUGAUUGACUUUCAUCUUAUGUGUGCUGUGAGAAAACUGUUAACAAAUUUUGUGACAUAAAAAGCUUGUUAAAGGGAAGUUUUUGUCGGUUAUUUUGAGGGAACGUAAAAAUGAUAAUUGUACAAAUUGUAAUAUGUUACCAUGUUUUGUUUUAAAAUAAGAAAAAACUCUUCUUUAA